AUGACUCGGACAAACAAGAUGGCAGUUAUAAACUCAAAGAGAGUGUGUGUAUGGCUGUGUUGUGUUCUGAUAGGGAUUAGCAUGGUGUUGGCUAGUGCAGAUAGCAAUUCAGACACUAAGAUAGUAGACGAAGAGAUAGGGUCAAAUAUAAUGGCCAAUUCAGAUAAUCUACCAGAUAAUUUAAUACUAGAGAAGUCCAAGGAAAUGAUAACCACGGGCUUAAAAGAGUACGGGAUAAUUGACGAGACAACUAAUUACACUUUGGAGACCAGUCCAUCAUUCGCCCCGGACUAUCUAAACUGGGAUCUUGAGCUCCAUUCCACCCUAACUCGAAACGCAAAUAGCAUGUGCUUUCUGACUCUGUCCUUUGCUUCUACUCCUCAAAGCCCGACACAAGAAGAGAUUAGGAGAGAAGAAGAGAUUAGGAGAGAAGAAGAAAAGAAGACAGAAAGGGAAAAGAAAAAGAAAAAGGUUAGCACAAAGUCAGCAUUUGGGCCGAGAGUGAAUGUUUAUGGGGAAGUGACAGACAAAGAAUCCAUCGAAGCCCAGAUACUACUACUGUUUCUAAAGAUUAAUAACCCCAGCAAUAUCAGCAUACUAUGGAUUGACAAUUCUAGCCCAGCAAGCAGCCCAACUCCAUCCAAUCCAACUCCAUCCAAUCCAACACUAACCCAAAUGGAGAAUCCUUCCAACGAAGCCAGGAAACUCGUGCUGUCCUAUUGGGUUAGUAGCCCCCCCAAAGAGAAGUUGUACCGGGACGACUUGGCGUGGCUUAAUUUAAUUGGCAUAGGUUAUCAGCAGGAGCAAAUGUCUUGGCGGUCUUGGUUGUCCAGGCGGCCUUGGCGGACUUGGCGGUUUUGGUUUUCCUGGCGAUCUUGA